GUCCGCAGCGUCUUCAGCGUCACUGCCGGCACCGCCUCUUCGUUCCAUUCAUUCAUUCGUUUUUUUUUAUUUUUUUCUUCCCUCCCCAUUCACCGUAGUAGUGAGGCCUAGUCGCGAGCUAUGGAGCGCGCUCUCCCGGCGGCCGGCUUCCUAUACUGGGUGGGCGCGAGCACCAUUGCUUACCUGACCCUGCGAGCCUCGUACUCGCUCUUCAGGGCCUUCCAGGUGUGGUGCGUGGGCAACCAGGCCUUUGUCGGUCCGCGGCUCGGAGAAUGGGCAGUUGUUACAGGUGGCACUGAUGGAAUUGGAAAAUCAUAUGCAGAAGAGUUAGCAAAGCGUGGAAUGAAGAUUGUCCUGAUAAGCAGAUCCCAGGAUAAACUGAAGGAAGUUUCCAACAACAUCAAAGAAAAAUUCAACGUUGAAACAAGGACCAUUGCUGUCGACUUUUCAUUGGAUGAUAUUUAUGAUAAAAUUAAGACAGGCCUGUCUGGUCUUGAAAUUGGCGUUUUAGUGAACAACGUGGGCAUGUCAUACGAGUAUCCAGAAUACUUUUUGGAAAUUCCUGACUUGGACAACACCAUCAAGAAACUGAUAAAUAUUAAUGUGCUUUCCAUUUGCAAGGUGACACGCUUGGUGCUGCCUGGCAUGGUAGAGAGAUCUAAAGGGGUGAUUCUCAACAUCUCCUCUGCCAGUGGCAUGCUCCCGGUUCCACUGUUGACAGUCUACUCUGCAACCAAGGCCUUUGUAGAUUUCUUCUCUCAGUGCCUCCAUGAGGAGUAUAAGAGCAAGGGCAUCUUUGUGCAGAGUGUCCUGCCAUACUUUGUAGCUACAAAACUGGCAAAAAUACGGAAGCCGACUUUGGAUAAGCCCUCUGCAGAGACAUUUGUGAAGUCUGCAAUUAAAACAGUAGGUCUGCAGACCCGAACCACUGGAUAUGUGAUCCACGCCAUCAUGGGCUCAAUAAACUCAAUCUUGCCCCGUUGGAUUUAUUUUAAAACGAUCAUGGGUUUCAACAAGUCUUUGCGGAAUCGCUAUCUGAAGAAAACCAAGAAGAACUAAGUGCUGCUGGGCCAUCGAGCUCCUUGGCCAGACGCUUGACCUGUGCCUGCACACUGGGCCCCUGCCUGUCCCCAGAGUCUCUACUGACAUCUCAGUAAUUACUAACAUGGCAUAGCUGGCGGAAAGCAAAUUCCUUUUAGAGGUUCCUAACAUAUAU